ACACAAAUAUAUAUAUAUAUAUUCAUCCCAUCUCUUGAAUCAGCUCCACAGCAAAACAAAAAUGGCGGAAAAAUCAUUUUUAACAAUGAUCAUCACCAUCUACACAACAUUUACGAUUGCCUCUGCAAAUUCAAUCAGAGGAGGCUACUACCCUUCAUGGGCUCAAUCUUCCUUCCCUCCUUCCGCCAUUAAAACUCACCUCUUCACCCACCUUUACUACGCCUUCCUCUCCCCCGACGCCGUCUCCUUCCAAUUCAACAUCCCCGCCGACACUCAGCUCCUCCUCACAAAUUUCACCGCCGCCGUCCACGCGUCGCGCCGCCGCGUCAAGGCGCUGUUCUCCGUCGGCGGGGCCUCCGAGGGGGCGGCGCUCUUCUCCCGCAUGGCCUCCACGUCGUCCUCACGCGCCGCCUUCAUUCGGUCCAGCAUCCAGACCGCCCGCCGCUUCGGCUUCGACGGCGUCGACCUCGACUGGGAGUUCCCGGAGGACUCCGGCGACAUGCGCAAUCUCGGCCUCCUCCUCCAGGAGUGGCGCGUCGAGGUAGAAAAAGACGGCGGCGGGCGGCGGCCGCCGCUGCUGCUCACCGCCGCCGUGUACUACUCCGCCGACGCUUUUCUCUCCGGCGCGGCGCGUGCGUACCCGGUGGAUUCGAUCGUACGGAACCUGGACUGGAUCAACGUGAUGAACUACGACUACCGCGGCGCGUGGGACACGGCGGCGACUGGCGCCCACGCGGCACUGUUCGACCCGAGAAGCAAUCUGAGUACCAGUUUCGGGCUCGGAUCGUGGAUCCGGGUCGGGGUCCCGAAGAGCAAGAUAAUUAUGGGGCUGCCGUUGUACGGCAGGACGUGGCGACUGAGGGACCGGAGUGACGACGGCGUCGGGGCUCCGGCGGUCGGCGUUGGCCCCGGGGAAGGGGGCGUGCUGACGUAUGCGGAGGUGGUGAGGUUCAAUAGGGAGGAGAAAGCGAAGGUGGCGUACGACAGAGAGACAGUGUCGGCAUAUUCGGUGGCGGGGACAUCGUGGGUCGGGUACGACGACGCCAUGGUCGUCACUGUAAAAGCUCGGUAUGCCCGGAGACUUGGCCUCAGGGGAUACUUUUUCUGGGCAAUAAGCUAUGAUCAUAACUGGACACUUACAACAAGAGCUGCGCUAGCAUGGUCGGUCUGAGAUGAAAUGCUACUAGAUCGGAGGAUGGUCUUUGUGAGCUUGCGAUUACGACAGAUGAGAAAAAGGGAAAAAGAAAAAACAGAAAAAAAAAAAAAAAAAAAAGAAAAAAGAUGAGAGUGCAUUAAUUGGGCCAUGUGGCUUUACGAUUUUAUUUUUGUUUAUUGUCGAUUUGUUUGGCGUUUUGAAUUUUGACUUGAUAUUUAAAUAGUAAAAAUUUUAAAUUUAAAUAGUUGUAUGAUGUGAUAUAAAUAAAUAUUAAUGUGAUGUUUUUGAAUAUAAAUUGAUUUUUAAUAUAAUAUAAAAAAUAAAAAAUAAAUGUUUGAUAUGAUAUUUUUUUAGAAAAAAAUAAAAUGAGAUAAAUAGUAUAUUUAAAAUCCAAUCUCCUAAACAGACACACCCAAAUGAUCCUCUUAUUAUUGAUGAAGUUGAGGUUUCCAAGCCAGGCCGUUAUCAAUUGAAAUGGGUUAUCAGCAGGGAGAGAACUAGCUUCCGAAGUUACGAGACGAAGUUAUCUAGUAAGUAUUAAGUUUUUUUGGUUCGAUUUUGAUUUUAAUAUAUUUUAAACUGUGAAUUAUCGAAUUUUUUUAAAUUUUUUUUAUUCAAAUAGACAAUUUAAUUUUUUUUUAAUAAAAAUUUUAAAAAUUGAUAAAAACAUGUUAGCCAAAUUGUCUUAUAUAUCACUUUAAUCUUAUUUUCUUCAAUUUUUCUUAAUACCAGAAGAUAAUACAAAUAAAUAACUGUAAUUAUAUUUAGAAUAAAAAGUUAUAUUUUUAUAUAAAUAAAAUAUAAUUAAAAUUAUUAAAUUAAUAUAAAUUGAAUUUAAAAAUAAUAGCAAAUAUAUAAUAAAUUUAAAUUUUUGAAAAGCAAAAUAAUAUAUUUAUACAAUUUUUAUUUAUUUUAAACUAUAAAAAAUAAAUUUGAGGGUUGGCCGGUCAAUUGCCCCCAAGGCCCCGCCUACCCAUCCAUAGUUAUCAGCCAAAUUUCACUGCAGAUCUAUUUAUAUGAUUGGUACUAUGCGUUUCCAUAUGCGUUUCCAUUAGAUUUUAAAUGUACUAUUCAUUUUAUUUUUUUUUAAAGAAAAAUAUCAAAUCAAACAUCUAUUUUUUAUUUUUUAUACUCCCUCCCUCCGUCCCAAAAAGAAGUAUUCAGUUUUUUUACACGUAGUUUUAAAAAUAUUAGUAUUAUAUUGGGAUAUAGUAGGAAUAAAGUAGAAAUAACUAAAAUAACCUUGUUAGUACGUGUGAUAUAAAAGUAAUGACAUUUGUGUAAUAUAUUGUAAGUUGUAAGAGUAUUUGUAAUGUUAAGUAGACAGUACAAUUACUAAAAAAAAAGGAAAUAGAUACUUUGUUAUAGGAGGGACUAAAAUGGAAAAAUAGAUACUUUAUUAUGGGACGGAGAGAGUAUUAUACUAAAAAUCAAUUUUACAUUCAAAACAUCACAUCAACACCUAUUUAUAUUACAUUAUACAACUAUUCAAAUUCAAAAUUUUUACCAUUCAAAUCCAACUCAAAAUCCAAACACCCAAACCAACACACCCUAAGAGCAAUCACAAUGGUAAUUCAUUACAAAUCUUCUACUUUAUCAUAUGUCCAGGUUUAUUUUUCUGACUCGAUUCUGAAAAAAAAAAAUAA